AUGGCACCCUCUACCCCGAGAAGUCGGGACGCCGACACGAAGAAGCGCAAGAGAGACCUAAGCGACAAGGACGGCCAGACGAAGCGCCUACGGCACAAGGGAAGCAAGCCUACGAACAACGGUGAUACCGAAUCUGGGGAUCUUCGCGACAACGCCUUGAACGUUCUGUCGCAGCUCAAGAAGAACCUUACGGACGACCAAAUCGAGACCGAGCUCUCCAACCUGGGCAAUUCAGAUCCCCAGGCGACUGGAUGGCAGGUUUCCGCGCCAAUGGGUGGCCGCAUGGCCGAUAUCGACCCCAUUUUCGUCGAGAAGGAGAAGUACUUGAUCGUUACUUACAACACCUCUCUCCAAAUCUACUCGGUUGCCGAAUCCCUCCUUAUCCGAAGAAUUGCUCUCCCAGUGGUCCAGAAUACGUAUGGAGACAAGUCCAAUGCGCCGAACAUCGUGGCCACAUGCCUCUCUCAUACCAAGCCAGACUUUGUCUGGGUGGCCUGCUCCGACGGCAGAGUCUGGCGCGUCAACUGGAAGAAGGGAACCCAAGUCGACCGGGAGUUUCGCACAAAGUCGCAAACUGCGCUUGACAUGUCAGUCGCAGCAAUCCAGGGAGAGAAGAGCAGCAUCGAAGUCAUCUACGUGUCGGAGUCAACGGUGCAGUUGAAGGGCGAGAUUGUGGCGUACUCUGGGCCCGACUUUACCCAGCCGACAUGUGAGAUUCUCUUCACGACGAAGCAGGCAGAACAGACUAUCCACCUGCUACGCUCAAGCACUGAUGGCAAGACGGUUAUUGGUGCCACGAGAGACAAUCUUAUCAUCGGAACAGUCACACCCAAUGUCACCAAGACGGACCUCGGCUUGGACUGCGAGUUCUUUGCCUUCAACACCACCGAUAUCGUUUGCUCCCUCGACUUCAAGAUUACCAACCGAGAUGACGGCAUUGUUGUCGACCUGAUUGCCGGAUGUGCUCGAGGUGCCAUCUACUACUACAACGACAUCCUCAGGAAGCUCCAAAACCUGAAUGCGCCCAAGUCGAAGAGGGACAGCCUGCAAGGCCGCAAGUACCAUUGGCACAGGAGAGCAGUGCAUAGCGUCAAGUGGUCCAAGGAUGGCAAUUACAUGCUCUCUGGCGGCUCUGAGAACGUCCUUGUUAUUUGGCAGAUGGACACUGGCAAGCUGAACCACUUCCCCCAUCUUUCAGGAAGCAUCGAAAACGUGGUUGUGUCGCCCGCGGGAUCCUCCUACGCCCUGCACCUUGAUGACAACUCCCUCAUGGUUGUCUCGACUGCCGAUAUGGUUCCGAAAACUUACAUCUCCGGCAUCCAAUCGGCGGCUCGUUUCACUUCAACACCCAAAGACUUGCUUGUCAAGCGCGUCUGGUCAGCCGACCGUGAGGUGCGCCACCAUGUGCCCGCCGCUCUCAACCCGGCAGAGCCGUCAAGACUGUACGUCUGCACAGGUGCCGGUCAACAGGCCAUGCUGGCUGGUGACCUACAGUCUGCGCCCUUGCUGCAGUCAUUCGACAUGGAAUCUUUCAGAAGCGUCGCGAAGCAGGCCCUCGCGAGAACCCAGCCUACGGAUGUCAACAUCACGUCCAAGGGAAACCCAAUUUCGGAACCCCGCAUAACCCACGUCGCUUUCUCUCAGGAUGGUGGCUGGCUGGCCACGGUUGACGACUGGCAACCCCCUAAGCGCGAUCUGGAGAAGAUGGCUCCUGAAGCUCGCGAGGAGUUUAUCAGGGCGAGACGCGAGGUGUAUCUCAAAUUCUGGGCCGUCGGCGAAGAUGACCAGCCUUUCGCUUUGUCCUCCAGGAUCAACAACCCCCACAUCACCAGCCGACCUGAGACUGUCCUGGAUCUGGCUGCGGACCACACCUCGAAUCGCUUUGCCACCCUGGGCGACGACGGCAUGGCGAGGAUAUGGCAUUCCAAGGUCAGACAGCAGGAUGGCGUCGAAUCUAAAGGCACAUCCGGCGAAGUUUUGCAGUCCUGGUCAUGUGCUGUUGCCGUAGCUUUGGGCAGCAGCGUGGGAUCUGACGCUCUGGCAAUCACUGGCGAAAACGCUGGUGAGCGCAGCGGCAGCCUCUGUUUCUCCGAGGAUGGGUCUACCCUCUUCAUCGCCUUUGGUAAUUCAAAUGACGGAACCGUCUACGUCGUUGACACGAAAUCUGGUGAAAUCAGGCUCACAUUGGAAAACAUGUGGAAGGGACAUAUCCGCCGCCUGCAAGUUCUCUCUCCUUACAUCAUCACUCUUUCCGACGACGUGAGAGUGUACGAUGUGGUUGCCGACGAGUUGCAGUAUGGCAUCCAGCUGCCUCGCGGGCGCAAUGCCAACAUGACUAGAGAGUUCAGCCACUUGGCCAUUGACCGCAAGUCAAGAACAUUCGCCGUCAUUGUUCCCGGCGGCCAAGUCUCGCAACUUGCUGUCAUGAAGCCGGAAGAGCCAGAAUUGCUCUGCGUCAAGCGCAUCCCCCACAGAAUCACGAGCUUGGUCUCCACAGGAAGCUCCUCUGGCUUUGUCGCAGUUGACGAUUCGGCCCAGGUCUGGACCAUCGCUGAGGCUUCCGACACUGCCGCAGUGGCCAUUUCAAGACCACUCGAGGACAUGCAGUUGGAUGGUGAGCCUGUUGCGGAAGAUGCCAUCGAAGACGAGGAAAUGGAAGAAGACGAGCAGAUGGCCGUUGAUUACGAGGUAAACGGAGCUGGGGAAGAGAUGGAAUUGGACGAUGACGACGCGCAGCCCGCCACUAUCAACAGGCAGCGUCUGGCGGAGUUGUUCGACGCGGCGCCAGCAUUUGCCAUGCCGUCUGUCGAGGAUAUGUUCUACAAGGUCACAGGGAUGCUAGCGACGAAACCUCUGGCAUCAUCAUAG